AUGUUUUCACUUCUCUUUCGAUCUUUUAGCGUAUUUCCUGUAAUUAUUCUCAGUACUCUCAGCUCUGCCGUUUCCAGUAGCCUUUGGGUUGUGGCUGUGUUGGGUCUUGUUUCUGAGGCAUAUAUCUUUAUUGUUUCGCCAUAUAGUGGCAUUAAGGCAUCCUGCCAGUCCAUUUGCUUUUUGUACUUUAUCUCUCACUUCUUUGUCCAGGUCUCCAUAGCUAGAUCCCAGGUAUUUAUUUCCAUUGUUUAUUCAAUACUGAUGCCAUCAAUUUCUAUUUUAGAUCUGGUUGGUUCUUUGCUGAUUACUGUUGUUUUAGUUUUCUGA